AAGGAGGAGCCGCACACUGAGAGAAGAGAAGUUGAAGGGGUUUCCUGAAACUCUGAAAGCAAACGAUCACACAGCACGAAGGAGAAAACACACAUCGGCCAGUCAUGGACACUGUGAAGGAUGUUCUGAGUGUUGCGCAAGCCAUCUAUGCUCAGUGCGAGCAGGUGAAAUGCUGUAAGUGCCAAAGCCGGCGCCUUGUGGAGCGCAUUCAUAUUCUGAUGUGGCCCAUCGAAACCUUCCAGGCCCAGCCCACCAAAACAGUCUCACCCCAGCUGGAAGACAUGCUGCAAAAACUGUUGAGCUCCCUGGAGAAGGCCAAGAGGCUGCUGGUGAAAUACAGCCGCAAGAACUGGCUGCAGAAAUUCCUAAAAGCGAGUGAAAUAUUGGAAGAGUUUUCAAGUGUGAACGAGCAUCUCAGUGAUGCCGCUGAAGGGCUAUCGCUGCUACUGCAAGUGGAGCAAACUUUCAAAGAAAGUUUUCAGAGAGACGUCCUGCAUCGGGAGAACGACCAAGACUUUGAGGCUGACAGGAUGUCCUGGGAGGAGAUGCUCAAAAACAGUAAGGAAGUCAGGGAUGGCGUAGAAAACAUCUGGUAUGGAGUAACACAAAUGCAGAGCAAACUGGAAGAAGUUUUGCAAAAAUUGGAUAAAAGACCCAAAUCUACGAUAAUGGAUGUGGAAAUAACUGAGAUAGAAAAGAGGUUUCUCACGAAGUGGACCUUUUUGAAGGAGUUUGAAAGCCACGUGCUGUACAAAGGAGAGUACCACAAGUCCUCCGUGGCUAUCAAAGUCUUCAAAACCCCGGUGAUCACCAGCACACAGAAAGUGAGGGAUGUGUUCAGAAAGGAGAUCAAAGCCAUGAAAAGAUUUGAGUCCCCCCACAUCCUUCGUCUGUAUGGCAUCUGCAUAGACGAGAGCGGUUCAAGACCCGAAUUCUCCAUUGUCACAGAAUAUUGUGAGAAAGGCACCCUGUGGGACGUAUUGAAGAACGAACCAGAUAUACCCUGGAAGAUUCGCAUUCAGAUGGCACUUCAUGCUGCUAUCGGCUUGUACAGGUUGCACCAGACUGGGGACAAAUCUCAGCUGCACGGCUGUAUCAACAGCAGCAAGUUCCUGGUUGCCGAAGGCUACAAUGUAAAACUAUCAGGAUUCGAACUGUCUCGAACAGAGUCAUCUUUCCGACAGAAACACAAGGAGAAAAAACAGAAAGAAGUCUCUCCUUCAGCCUACGUCUCCCCUCAGGGCCUGGCAUCAGUGAACCAUAUAUAUGAUGCGCCAAGUGAAAUCUAUAGCUUUGGGGUUGUGCUUUGGGAGAUCAUAACUGGCAAGAUCCCUUUUAAAGGCUGUACUUCACAGGAGAUCUAUCAGAAAGUGUAUAAGGAAGGCUACCAAGAACCUCUAGGAGAAGAUUGCCCCUCUGACCUGCAGGAGGUCAUCAACCAGUGCCGGAACUUCCAGCCUUCUAAGCGCCCAACAGCUGAAGCAAUUGUGGAUUCUCUCUGGACUAUCUCUUCCACUACAACUGACAUAUUGAUGUCAUGAAAAGACAAGCUGCGAUGUUCCAGCAGAAAACGAGAACUUCUCUGAAAAAACUAUGGAACCGUGUUGCUGACCUAGUUUUUGUUUUGUAAUAAUGUUGCCAUCUCAUGGUUGGAAAAUUCCUGGAGAUCUGGGGAAGGGAGUUCAAUAGGGUUGUACUGCCAUAGAGUCCAUCCUGUAAAACUGCCUGUUACACCCCCCUUUCUUUCUCCGUUAGAUUUUGCCUUUAAUCCUCUUCUUACACCCUCUGGGUAGAUUGCUGCCACCAGGAAUUAUAUUCCAAACUAAUUAAUUUAAAUUUCCCCUUCAAUAACAUGCCCAAGCAUCAGGCUCCUUCGUGGGACUAUGUGGCCCUGAGGAUAGGAAUGGGAUAUAUAGGAAUUACAGACACCCUGCGAUGAAAACAAACAAAAUAAACUUUUAUUUUUACAAGAAGCA